CUGCCAUCCUCACUGUGUGCUCAACUAAGAGCAUCGCACCGACAAGAACAGGUUUCUGAAUCACUACCGUUUCGUCGAAACACAAACUUGAGCGUGAUGCGCACUCAGCACACCAAAGAACGGGUCGAUAAUCGAGACGAUUUGAAACCAUGUGUGUGUGGGCCUUUAUUGGACGUAGUCUGCCCUUGUGCUCUGGUUUGGAGAACUUUCGCCUACGUUAAAAGUUGGAAGACUAUUGGCAAACACUAUAUGUAUACCAUUCUUGGGGAGAAUGCGCUUACGAGCAGUUGCCAGCAAAGUCUUGGAGACAGUUCCGGAUAAAGUGUAGCAGUACUUCAGUGUGGAAAUAACAGAUAUACAAAUAGAAGAGUGGCACAAUGAUGACGUAUGGGUGGUGUACAUUCGCCACCUUCAUGGCGGAAACCAUUUUCUUCCUGUACAAGACGGGCGAGUCCAUGUUGGACGCCACUAUCCGGCCGUACAUCGUUCAGGCAGUGUGUAGAGACAUGUUCCACAUGAACACCACGGUAUGUACCGAGAUCCGUCUGUUCCACCAACACGAGGACAAGAUCCAGAGUAGAGCCGCCUCCUACUUGAUGUACUACCGGAUCCUGGUCAACGUCCCCGCUAUUGUUCUAGGGCUGUUCUGUGGAGCCUGGAGUGACGAAUACGGCCGCAAAAUCCCAAUGAUGAUUCCAAGUCUUGGAAGUGUGUUCGCUGUGAUCCUGUACCUCAUCAGUGUCCAGUACCCCGACUACUCCGUCGUCCUCAUCCUCACAGGAGCUUCGGUUCAAGGCAUCUUUGGCAAAAGCUCUGUCAUUACGAUGGCUGUGAACAGCUAUGCUGCUGAUAUCACAGAUAAAGAUCAACGUACGAGGAAACUAGGUAAGCUCCUGGCCAUGAACUUCUUCGGCUUGUUUGCUGGGUCCCUGUUGUCGGGGACACUUCAGGAUACCACAAACAUCCAGGUGACUCUCUGCGCCGUGUCCUUCUUCCAUGCCGCGUCGGUGCUCACCACCGUCUUCUGUAUGGAGGAGUCGGUGAAGGUCACGGUGGACCCACAUCAGUCCUGCACACUAUUCAACAUCUCAGGCAUCAAGGAUUCACUGAUGGUCCUUUUCAAGAAACGUAAAGAUAACACUCGCUGCAUCGUCGUCAUCUUGUUCAUCGCCACCAUCAUCAACCAGACGUGUAAGGUGGGUGAGAUGGACGUGACUGUUCUGUUUGUCCAGAGGAGUCCCCUGUACUGGCCAGAGUCAUGGUAUGGUUAUCUAUUGUCCCUGGACUACGCUGUGAUGGGAGUCUGCCUCCUCCUCUUUCUCCCAGUUCUGUCAACCAUCAUGAAGAUCCCGGAUGUGUUCAUUGUGAUGAUAGGUAUAGGCUGUAAGCUUGUCCGGUCAGUGUGGGCGGGGUUCUGCUCGGAGACGUGGAUGGUGUAUACUUCAGUUGUCAUAGGAGCACUGGCUGGGAUGAUUACGUCAGCCCUUAGGUCUCUCAUGAGCAAGCAUGUGAGUGAAGACGAACUUGGUAAAACUUUCUCACUUGUUGCUAGCGGAGAAACUGCUUCCAAGUUGAUAGGAACGAUUCUGUUUACCAAUAUCUACGCCGCUUCAGUAUUCUUCUUUCCGGGUUUUGCUUAUUUAGUAGAAGCUAUGAUAUAUUUCAUCUUGUUCUUAAUGCUAAUUUGGCUUCAUAAGGAAAUACAGCUGUCUGGAUCAUAUAACCUACUUCUAGCAUUUGCAGACAAGAGAGAGAAAUCCACAGACAAAUCGUAUAACUCAAUUAAUGAGGUAAAACCGGAAGUCGAUGAAAUUGAGAGCGAACCGCAACAUCCACAACCGCUACCGGCGUGUACACCGUAGACGACAACUACAUUAAACACAGGAUGUACGCUGAAGUACCAUCUCGAUAUCAUCUACAUUAAACACAGGAAUAUAACACAGGAUGAAGUAACUCGAUAUCAUCUACAUUAAACACAGGCAUAUCACACACAUGAUGAAGUAAGUCGAUAUCAUCUACAUUAAACACAGGAAUAUCACACACAGGAUGAAGUAAGUCGAUAAUAAUGUUGCUAUGUGCAUAUUACUGGUGUUACCUCAGCAGCCGACCAUUUGCUGUUCCCCAUAACAUUCUGAACAAAUACACACACACCACCAACUAAGGCUAAUCCUUCAUGUAAGAGAUUCAUUUGGCAAUGAAACGUAUCUGUAACGUUUACUGAUCUGUAGCAAGGAUGCCUUAUAUUCUGUUGGGAAAUAGAAAGCUACCUGCAAUGUUUAAGUGUUAUUGUUUGGACACAUCUAACAUAUACGUACAGAAUGUGUCUUCUCACAAAGCCUACAGCAGGUAGGGUUGCCCCUACAUACAGAACCAGGACAUACAGUACAGCCUCCUCCACAUCAGGUCUGCCAUCUGCUUGAUGACUCAACAAAGAUCCAGUGUGCGAAAUAGUUUCAACAUAUUGCUAGCCCACAAAGUAAGUCACUAGCC